GUGUUUGUAACAUUUAUUUAUUUGUGUACUUUCAGAAGUCAUCCUGUAAUUGCUACACAUCUCCAAGGUCGAAGGGCUGACAUCUACAGUAAGAGGUGGGAUGGGUGGGAAUCGUUUAGCAGAUAAUAACGUCUUUGCUGCCCUCUGCCGGGCUAAAUCAAAAGGAGGGCCUAAAGUCCACUUGACUAUAAACGGCAGUAGACAGAGACGUGGAAGAAGUACAGAGUUGGCCAGGAUAAAAAUCACGGGCAGUACCAUAAAGCAGCAUUCGCAGUUAAUUUAAAAAUAAAAAAAGAACAAGAAACACUCGGACCAAUGAUUGAGCUUGAUUGUGAGGGCUCUGAGGCCGAAGAGCAUUAUUUUGCAGCGGACAACUAUGCUGCUGAAGCAAUGGCUGCUGACAUGGACCCUUGGAUUGUAUUUGAUGCUCGGAAGACUCCUAAAGCUGAAUUUGAUGAUUGGCUUGAGACUAACAGGCCUUCUAGGGUUUGCCGCUUUGGGGAUCCUGAGCGUAAUCUGGGGAACGUAGGCUGGAUUGCUGUUUAUGGUCCAAAUUAUUGCCCUUACCAAGGACACUUGGAUGGCUUGCACGAUGAUUGGGAGAGGUUGCAGGAGAGUGGUCGGCCUGUUAAGUUUGAAACCAUCAGAGAGCUGGCAUUAAACCAUGAUGUUCUGACUGCAAAGAAGCAGAUCAUAGUUGAAAAUCUUAUGAACACUCGGCUUCUGGAAGAAGGGUUGAGUCAAGCACUACUACUUUCAGAAAUUCUAAACUGGAUAUGCUGAAGAGAAGAGAAGGAAACCACAUGUAUGUGUGUUAGUCAGGGGGAGAAAACCAGGGUCCGGAAGAAAAAAAGGGUGGUGUUGGCUCAAAGGCUAAAGACAAGAAGCAGUCUGGGACUGAAUCUGAGCAGGAGGUACUGUAUAUCUUUUUUUUUUUUUCCCCCUCAAUAAGACCCAAAACAUGGUGCAUCAUAGUUACUUUAGUAACGUAUUGAUUCUGUUAACAAUUCAAGUUUAUUUUCCUGCACACUGCACUUUGUGUAACUGCUAUGGCUGUAUACUUUAUAUUAUUGAAUAUACUGUGUACAUUUUUUUAGAAACAAAAAUGACAGGGAUAAAGUGUAACAUUAUUUACUGACUUUGAUCAAACUAGAACUGCACUACAACUGAUUACAUUUGAAUUGAAUUACAUUUAGGUAUUCUAAAACUUUUCACCAGUAGUGUACUCUCAAGGAUUUGACACGAAUCCCCCAACUUCACAGCACUGUUACACUAAGGUCAGUGGCAAAGCGUGUGCAAUGAAGUACACCGUCAUGCAGGGCAAGUUCGGUCUUCACUAAACAAGCACGCCCAAUGCUUUUCGCUUGUUAUGUGAAGUUUAUUUUAUUCCCAACAUCAUACAUUUCUUAGCUUUCUCACAAAAUUAUUGACACAUGAAAAUAAUGUACAUCUUCAACAAAUAAAAAACAGAGAAACGUUUAAAAUGGAAAUACAACUUUAAUGUACAGUAUAUUAUAUACAAACGUCCAUGUACAACAGAGUUAAAUGGUAGGUGUUAUUACCCAAGACAAACAAUCAAAAGCUGUCACUCCUGAAAGAAAGGGAGAGGAAAGGACCACAUCAUACUUCAGGGCCCUGAACUCAGCCACUAGACAUUAAGGCAGAUUCCUAACCAAUGGACCCCCCACCUCCCUCGCCAACUGGACUUGUGCAGCAUGAAUGAAUUUGACCCAAUGUCUGAUGUACAUCUGGCCUGUCCAGUUCACACUGUGGUAUCACCAGUUCCAUUACUGCAUUGCCCCCCCCCCACUCCUAAGCUGCAGUGGGGUGUGCGUGUGGCUCCAUUCCAGCCCCCCGCUACCUCUAUGUCUGGACUACAUUACUAUCAUAUUGGGGGACUUUUUAUUUAAACUCUGGUGUGUGUUUAAUGUCACUCCUGUUAUUUCUACACCCCAUUGCUCCGUGAGACUGCAGCAUUCACCAAUCAGCAUAGCUUCUGCAACCCACAGUGCCACACCCCCCUUGUGCUUUACGUCACGGGUCACCAAAGACCAGCAAGACCUUUUCUUUCUCCCAAGUCAGAAUGCAGGAUUAGUUUUCUCAGUGGCAGCAGCUUUAAUGAGCAUCGUGAAGACUUUAAGGAGACUGGUGUCACAUCUGCUUUUUCUUCCUUUCAGUUUUGCAUGAAUGGCUCUUGAUUGUGGACAUUAUAUGAAUUCCAUUUUUAGUUCUAGAGCUCUGCUGCAUUUGUUUAUAAUAUUUUUAUUGGCAACCACAAUUUGCCAUUACACGCCAAGCAAUCACGUGCACCUCAAAAACACCAAACCAUCUGUGUGCAGUAACAUAAAUCGAGCGGUAAGGCACUAGAAAAUCCUAGGGCACAGCAUCUUAUCCCAAUUGUAUAGGAGUUAUUUUACCAUUUCAGCGAGGAUUUAUUAUAUUGCAAAAAAAUGCACACUUUUGGUAAAUAAUAAAUGCUGCUCCAAGCGUCUAAUCCAAUUCUGUUUCCAGUGGCAUGGAAAAAUACCUGAGCUCCUUAAACCUACAUCAGCCACCAUCUUCUGGGAUACAACGUGACUAUUACAACCAUUCUUCAUAAUUUAUAUAUGAAAAUCACUAAAUCUGUGCUUGUAUGCAGCAAAAGUAAUAAGUGAUUAGGCCUGAUUUGGAUGAACGUAUUAAAACGAGAGACACAUGCUGCUAUGACCGUUACAUAUUGGGACAACCUGUGACACAAUCCCAUUAGCCUCUCUUUUUAAUUUGAAUUGGCACCUAUAUAAGGCUCAAAGAGGCCAGGACUUAAUGGUAUUCAAGGUACUGGUUUCCAAAACAAUGGCAUCUAAAAGCUGGGAUUUCUCUUCGUAUCAUAAACCAGAGGCCAUGCUGAUGACAGGAUUAAACAGGCACUAACACUCCUGGGAACAGAAAUAGCUGACAAUUAAAACCUCCAUGGAAAGGAGGAGCACAGAGUUAAGAAGAAUACAGUAUGUGGUGCCAUAAUUGAAUUUCCGGUGGCGACAGUGGGUAGCAGUAAGGAGACGUGGGUUCACUUCCCGGGUUCUCCCCGUGUCUGCGUGGGUUUCCUCCCACAGUCACGGUCAAAGACAUGCAGGUUAG